GUUAUGAGUCAUCUAAUUCUUUCUCAAUCUCAGGUGCUAUGCCUCCUAGACGCCGGACUCGUGGGGAGACCCCUCCCAUUCCAGGAGAUGAGAAUACUCCUGGAGGAAUAGCGGAAGCUUUGGGACGUAUUGUGCAGCAGUUGACUGCAGCGCUUCCGGGCUCCAGAACCGACUUUACCAUGGAGCGAGCGAAGAGGCAUGGAGCUUAUAGCUUCUCCCAUGCUCCUGAUGCUAUGGAUGCCCAGAAUUGGUUGAACAAAAUGGAGAAGGUCUUCACUCAAAUCCAUUGCCCAGAGGAUCGAAAAGUGGGUUUAGCAGUGGAUUUUCUUGAUGGUGUGGCUUUUGAUUGGUGGGCUUUUACUAGCAGGGAUUUAGAGAAUGAUGGCCCAAUCACUUGGGAACAGUUCAAAGAACAUUUUACUGAGAGAUAUUAUGGUACAGCUAUCCGUGACAGGAUGAAGUAUGAGUUCUUGCAUCUACAGAAAGGGGACAUGACCGUGACAGAGUUUGAGCAGCGGUUCACCCAGCUAGCCCAGUUUGUGCCUGAUCUGGUUGCCACUGAGAGGGAGCGGAUCUAUAGGUUUGUUGAUGGAUUGGGGGGUAAGUAUUGUGAGCAGUUGACAGGAGUGCCAUUUAGUGAUUAUGCUGAGGUAGUUAAUGCUGCUCUGCGACUUGAGACUAUGUAUAUGUCUGGUGUCCGACCUCGAGAUGUGGGUGGCCCCAGUCAGGGUCCAUCCAAGAAGGCUGCUUCUACCUCUAGGACAGGAUCUUCAGCAGGUUUAGGGUUGUCCACUUUUAGGGGAGAUUCUGACGAAUUUUUCCGAAAAGUGGGCCCCGCAGGUCCAUUUUGGAGUUAGGAGGGUAAUUCCGGGGUGGGUCCUGACAAUAUGUUACUUUAUGCAAUGGAGAUCAUCUCUUCUAUAUAUGCUGAACCUGCAUCUGGAAAUACCAAACUUGGCACUGUCAUGGACAAAAGCAUUUGCGAAGAUGUGUCAACUUUAAAUGUUUGGGGGCAUAACUAAGUAAGCUUUGUUUGACUUGUAACCAUUCUUAUGUGAAGGUUUUCACUUAUUAUGCCUUGGUUCUGAAGAUUAAUUUGAAGGUUCUUUCCUCUUUAAGUAUGCUGCAGUCUGCAUGCACUAUACUAGGAUAGACCAGGGAUGGAGAACAAAGGAGAGACAUGGUUAAUAGUGUCCUGUUGGUGAGGGAACAACGUGGUUGGGCGCUGGGUUCAAGCACACACUCUGUUGCUGGAACUGUCAUUUUUUUUUUGUACAGACGUUCUGUUUCUACUCACCCACUUUAUAGUUGCAGUCCUGCUAUCAAAGGACCCAAACAUUGUCAUCUAGAAAAUUUUGAAUUGUUAGUUUAAGUAUGGCAAGUAUGGGGGAAAAUUUUAAUAUGGUUGGUUCGAUAUGCUUUCUGGCUUACUAGAUUGUUUAGUUCUAUCAGAUAGUUAUAUGUUUUCCAAAAUGAACAAGUUAUCAUGUUGAAAAGGGCUUACAAGUUCCCGUUGAAAAGCUUUAGUCCUGAUUUCCGAAGAUCUAAUUGUUCAGCAAGGGUUUUUAUUGUUUAAGGACAAGCAUAAAUUAACAGAGAGAGAGGAGAGAGUAAUGUUGCAGAGAGAAUGGAGAUUCAUGUGUAUUAAUCUUCUCACAAAGGAGUGUAUUUAUAGGAAUACAUAGCUAGUGUGAAAGCUCUAAGGGAAACUCAAUUUGGUAACAAUCUUCUCUUGGUUGAUUGAGGGCUGCAGCUCCACAUACUUGCCUUCAAUGAUGAAAUCUGCCAUGCUUGUUGCCUCUUGGUAUAAAGCAUGUCACACAAGUCUUCAUACACUCAAGUAUCUAUGUUUAUACACUCAAGUACCUAUCUAUACACUCAAGUACUUAUUACAUGAUAUAGACAUUUAUACUAUGACUCAUACAACAUGAAUCAUACAAUAUGACUCAUAUAUACUACAACACUCCCCCUUGGAUAUUUCAUGUCAAUAGUAUUGUCUAGGCCUUGCGCUUCUAAGUUGCCUCUUUAAAAACCUUGUCAAGUAAUAAAAACCAUGUGGGAAAAACAACCUUGGUCGAAGGAGAAAAAGAGCACAACGCGCAUGAGUGUGGAGUAGUAAUAUCACAGCUUUGGAGAUAAGUGGAGUCUUCUUAUCAGCAUCAUAAGUAGAUAAUAUGUCUACGAGAGGGAUGCAAAUAGAGUUGCUGCAACAAAACCUUGCCCGGAAAACCCAGUGGGAAAAACCCGUGGUAGAAGGGAAAAGAUGAGCAAAAGCAUAUAUGUUGAAUCAAAACAUCUUCAGGAUGUAGUAUAAGUGGGGCGACCAUGCUAAACAUGUGCCUCGUUAAAA